ACCAAGUGGUAGAAGAGCAAUUGAACACUGGAUCGCUGAUGCGGGGUACGGAGCGCCUUUGGGCCUUGCCGCCGGGUUUCUGCACAUCGCGGGACUCUAGUUUACAAGAUCUAGGGCGCAGCAGGGUGCUGCUUGCCGGCUGUUCCCAGAAGGGUGACUGACCCUUUUCCUCCCAUGCCUGUCCUUUGAUCCUGCCGCGCAGUGCGUCCCCACGCGGAUCCCGGAGCGCCUCGCGCCCGGCAGCCAAGCUGUGGUCAUGCCAACCCAGCAGCCAGCUGCGCCGACGAGUCUCCCCAAGUCCUCCCGGAGCCUCUCUGGCUCACUCUGUGCCCUGUUUUCUGAUGCAGAAUCGAGAUCCGAGAUGAAGACUGAACUUUCUCCUCGGCCCGGGGCAGCAGGGCGGGAGUUGACCCAAGAAGAGAAGCUUCAGCUUCGAAAAGAAAAGAAACAGCAGAAGAAGAAACGGAAGGAGGAAAAGGGGGCAGACCAAGAAAUUGGCUCUGCUUUGUCUGCAGCUCAACGUCAAGACCCAGUCAGAGAACUCCCAGGACCUGGUAGUCAGCUGGGAGGUACUGCUGGGGAGAAACUUCCAGCUGGCCGGAGUAAGGCAGAACUUCGCGCCGAAAGGAGAGCCAAGCAGGAGGCAGAGCGGGCCCUGAAACAGGCAAGAAAAGGGGAACAAGGAGGCGCCCCUCCUCAGGCCUGCCCCAGCACUGCUGGAGAAGCCACCCCAGGAGUGAAGCGUGUCCCCGAGCACACCCCAGCUGAUGACCCCACACUUCUGAGGAGGCUCUUUAGAAAGCCAGAUCGACAACAGGUUCCUACACGAAAGGAUUACGGAUCCAAAGUCAGUCUCUUCUCCCACCUGCCUCAGUACAGCAGACAAAGCUCCUUGACCCAGUACAUGAGCAUCCCAUCCUCUGUGAUCCACCCAGCCAUGGUGAGACUCGGUCUGCAGUACUCCCAGGGCCUCAUCAGUGGCUCCAAUGCCCGGUGCAUCGCGCUGCUUCACGCCCUGCAGCAGGUGAUUCAGGAUUACACAACACCUCCCAGUGAGGAACUCUCCAGGGAUCUCGUAAAUAAACUAAAACCCUACAUCAGCUUCCUGACGCAGUGCCGCCCAAUGUCCGCAAGUAUGUGCAACGCCAUCAAGUUCCUAACCAAGGAAGUCACUGGCAUGAGCAGCUCCAAGCGGGAAGAGGAGGCCAAGUCAGAACUUAGAGAAGCCAUCGAUCGAUAUGUGCAAGAGAAGAUUGUGCUUGCAGCUCAGGCAAUUUCACGAUUUGCUUCUACAAAGAUCAGUGAUGGGGACGUGAUCCUGGUAUAUGGAUGCUCAUCUUUGGUGUCGAGAAUUCUCCAGGAGGCCAGGGUCGAGGGCAGGCGGUUUCGGGUGGUGGUGGUGGACAGCCGGCCCCGGCUGGAAGGAAGGCGCAUGCUCCACUCUCUUGUCCGUGCUGGGGUCCCGACCUCCUAUCUGCUGAUUCCUGCAGCCUCCUAUGUGCUUCCAGAGGUUUCUAAGGUGCUAUUGGGAGCUCAUGCACUCCUGGCCAAUGGAUCUGUGAUGUCUCGGGUAGGGACAGCACAGUUGGCCCUGGUGGCUCGCGCUCAUAACGUUCCAGUACUGGUGUGCUGUGAAACGUACAAGUUCUGUGAACGCGUGCAGACUGAUGCCUUUGUCUCCAACGAGCUAGAUGAUCCCGAUGAUCUGCAGUGUAAGCGGGGAGACCAGGUGGCCCUGGCUAACUGGCAGAGCCAUUCGUCCCUCCGGUUGUUGAAUCUGGUCUACGACGUGACUCCACCUGAGCUCGUGGAUCUGGUAAUCACAGAGUUGGGCAUGAUCCCUUGCAGUUCUGUGCCUGUCGUUCUUCGAGUCAAGAGCAGUGACCAGUGAAGGGAACAGGGGUCAAUAAAAAGCUUACUCCCUACUCCC